CAGCAGCUGGACUCGAUGAGCUCUGUCAGCGGCUGGUUGUCCUGAAUCCUGACCGCAGACACGCCCAUACUCAGAUGAGUGAGCUCGAGCCUCUAAGACACAACUUCAGAAACAUUAAUGGAGACUCAAGACGCUUCUGAGGGCGAAGACUGUCCUUUCUGCGCAAUAGCGAACAACCAGACUGACACAGAAAUCCUGCUGAGCGACGAUGAUCUGUUUUGUUUUCGUGACAUGAAGCCUGGUGCCACACAUCAUUACCUUGUUGUUCCCAGGACGCAUAUCGACAACUGCAAAAGUCUCCAGGCGGACGACGUACCUCUAGUGGAGCGGAUGGUAGAAAUGGGAAGGAGUGUACUGGAGAAGAAUAAAGUCAUGGACAUGAACGACUUCAGGAUGGGGUUUCAUUUGCCUCCUUUCUCAUCAGUUCCCCACCUCCACCUCCACGCUCUGGCUCCAGCCAGUCAGAUGAACUUCAAGUCACAGCUUCACUACGGCCCGCAGUCUCACUGGUUCAUCACUGUCGACAAAGUGCUUUCUCAGUUGAAGACUUGCGGCAAGGUGAAAUGAAGAGAUACAAAGAGUCAGGAGGUGCAACGGUCUUCUUUUCUGUUGACGGGACAAACUGCUUGAUGAUUCAGUUGUGGA